GGUGAUUUCUUUUCUUUCAGCAGCUCUCCCUCCCGUGUGAAUAUAAAUCUAGAGCAUUAUAAACCUAAGGACCUCACCAAUUAGAAGCUGCAAUUCUUACCACCAACCUACAAUAUCUUUUCUGAUCUGGUUCUCUCCCUUGAAAAGCAGAAUCAUCUUUCAAGUUAUUUUUGCUGCAGAGUUAAACAAAUGGCUGAUAGUAAUUUGAAUAAAAACUCCACAAGGUGCACCAGCUGUUCAUCUACAUCUCCGAAAGACGGACUUUAUUGUGAAGCAUGCAUUUCUCCAGUUUUGGUGGUGGAAAUGUCACAGACAUCAAGUACUGGUAGUACAGAAUUAUUCUUUCCACCAGAUAGAAAAAAAGAAAAAAAUACCAGCAAAGACACUUCUGGAAAAGACUUGCCAUUAGGAACCUCAGUCAUAGAGAGAAAACCAUCCCAACAGCAGUGGGGUCGAGGCAACGUUACCGAAGGAAAAGUUCCUCACAUACGGAUAGAGAAUGCGGCGGCUAUUGAGGAAAUCUAUACUUUUGGAAGAAUAUUGGGACAAGGGAGUUUUGGAAUGGUCUUUGAAGUUACAGACAAGGAAACAGACACUAAGUGGGCAAUUAAAAAAGUAAAUAAAGAAAAGGCUGGAAGCUCUGCUGUGAAGUUACUUGAACGGGAGGUGAACAUCCUAAAAAGUGUAAAGCAUGAGCACAUCAUACAUUUGGAACAAAUAUUUGAGACGCCUAAGAAAAUGUACCUUGUGAUGGAACUUUGUGAGGAUGGAGAACUCAAAGAAAUUUUGGAUAGGAAAAGGCAUUUCUCAGAGAAUGAGACAAGGUGGAUCAUUCAAAGUCUUGCAUCAGCUAUUGCAUAUCUUCACAAUAAGGAUAUAGUACAUAGAGAUCUAAAACUGGAAAACAUAAUGGUUAAGAGCAGCUUUAUUGAUGAUAACAAUGAAAUGAACUUGAAUAUAAAGGUGACUGAUUUUGGCUUAGCAGUACAAAAACAUGGUGGGAGUGAUGCCAUGCUGCAGGCCACAUGUGGAACUCCUAUCUAUAUGGCACCUGAAGUUAUCAAUGCCCACGACUAUAGCCAGCAAUGUGACAUUUGGAGCAUAGGUGUCAUAAUGUACAUUUUAUUAUGUGGAGAACCACCCUUUUUGGCAAACUCAGAAGAGAAGCUUUUUGAGUUAAUAAGAAAGGGAGAACUGCAUUUUGAAGAUCCAAUCUGGGAUUCCAUAAGUGAUGGUGCUAAAAGUGUUUUGAAACAACUUUUGAAAGUAGAUCCGGCUCACAGAAUCACAGCUAAGGAAUUAUUAGAUAACCAAUGGUUAACAGGCAAUACACUUUCUUCAGUGAGACCAACAAAUGUAUUAGAGAUGAUGAAAGAAUGGAAAAAUAACCCAGAAAGUGAUGAGGAAAACAAGAAAGAGGAGAAUAAUCAGUCCAGUCAAGAAAAGUUGGAACAUUACCAACAACACAGAAAAGUCCCUGCUGUCAAUAACACUUCAGAUGAAAAGGAGGAAAAAGCAGCAAAACAACCCACUGCUUAUGAAAAGAAACUGCCUGCAACCAGUAAGAAAACAGAUACAAGUGACUUUGACUCGUGCUGUUCAAGCUCCACAUCUGGCAAACUCCUCCCACCUGAGCUCAAGGGAGAAGUAGAGAAAACUUCUGUGACUCCAAGCCAAGGAGUAGCAACCAAAUCCACUGCUAAAUCCACUACCCUGUUUCGAGCUAAAAAAAAACCGUAAUGUUCCCUCCAGCGCUGAACAAACAGUACCGAAACGAACUGCUCUUUCUAGUGCUACAGGGAGGGGUUAGGAGGGGAAAGGACAGGGCUACACCGAGCUUUCGGCCUUUUGGUCUGCUGAACCCUGCCUUGUGGCUGCACCAGUUUAAAACUGAAGCUAGUUAUCUCCAAAGCAGCAUAAACUGCGCGGAGUAUUAAAGCACAGCCGCCAACAGGCCUGAUGGCCAUGCAGCUAAAAUCAACUCAAGAUGAAGCCAACGGUUGUUUGGGGGGCAGAUGCCCUCAGUGCAAGCUUGUGGCAGUACUGCUCAGUUUUAUUUCAAAGUCUUAUAUUUAGGCACAGUUAUUUAUAUGGGAAAACAAGAGGCCAACUACGGUAAUAGAGGUUCCAAAUAAUUAUGUGCACUUUGCACUAGAAGACUUUGUUAGAAAAUUACCAAUAACCUUGCCAUAGGCGUUAUGGCAGAAGUGCUUCAGUCCUUCACGUGUGUUCUUGUAAUUUUAGGUUGCUAUAGUUGUUUAAAACAACUCUUUUUAAGCAUAGAACAAUAAGACAUUUUGUAACUGCUUACCAUUAACUUGCUGCUAAAUUCUCAAUGUAUUGAUUCAAUCAAUAAAAAUCAGAUGUUACCUAUA